ACAAAUAAAACGUCGAUAGCACCAGGAUUUUUGGAUCGAUUGGAUGCUUAGGUUGUUGUUGAUUUGAGGAGCUGCGUUAAAUUCACCGGACAAUUAAUACUAUUUGUUUUCUGAUUUGUACCAAUCAAUAAAAAGCCUUGGAUAGAAUUAGUAUGUAAGUAAGAUGGUUUGAACGACUAACAGCUGACUUGAAAACAAUGGACAAAAAACAGUAAAAUAUCGGACAAGAAACCAGCAAACAUGGCUUGAAUCGGAAUUUUCGUCAGUGUAUGAAACAGAGAAAAUAAACAACUUUGCGUAAAGGACUUGUUGGAAGCUCAGAUCCUAUAUACAUAACGAACAAUUGCUCCGGAUAACAGCACAGUAAUAAUACACUUGUACUAACAAAUUUACCAAACAUUUAAAGGGAAUAGACGACAAUAAAUACUGUGGAAUAUCGCUAGUAAAAGAUGACGAACUGCGAUCUUCUUCAGUUGAGAUGUUUUAGAUAGUAACGAUUGACCAAUAUCAUUAUAACCAAGAAGGAAACAUAUAUAAAUUAGAUAAUGUGCCUGACGUUUUACAGUUUAUUUAAUCGAUCAUUAUGGCUUCUACCUGUUGUUACUGUCAGCCUUGUUCUGAUGACUUUCAGUACCACAUAUGGUAUAGCUGUCGGUCUCAACCAUACACAAGCAGUAUUUCCUUACGUAACAAAAACGGGUGCAGCUGUACCGGAGAGAGGAAUAUUUACAAUAGGUAUAAUUAUAGCCGCCAUCUUGUUUUGCAUGAAUGUAGAGAUUAGAUACGAGUAUGUUAGAUUGAAUUUUAGCCAGAUGUCCUUGACCCCUGCAGAGAAGGCAAGAUGGAUGACGACUAAUACCAUGACAUUGUAUCUAAGUCACAUUUCUGUCUUUGGGCUCUUUAUGUUAGCUAGUUUUCAGAUAGAUACAAUGAAUGUCCCUCAUCAUCUUGGUGCCUUCCUGACGUUUGUAUUUGGACCUGUUUGCUGUUGGUUACAUUCAGCUAUAACAUGGAAAACCUAUAAAGAAGAGAGGAAAACAGAGUUUCUCAUCACAUUUCUAUGUCAGAUAGCAAUGAGUUUUGUAUCGACAUGUUUGUUAAUUAUUUUUUCCGGUUCAUUUGGUUCAUAUAAACACCAACGAUUAUUACAGGAGAGUUCUAAAACGGACACAUUCCGAGAUGUAUUUUUGACGUCAACAAUAUCAGAAUGGUUAUUAGCUAUUUCAAUAAUAUUGUUUUUACUGACGUUCAUACCUGGAUUUAAAAAGAUGGAAUUUGAUGGAAUUGUUACAAAAUGGAAAGCACCUGGAAGUGAAAAAUCUGUCUUAUGCGGAAGGAUACUAGGUUGUUGUAAUGUGUGAGCCGUUUUGGAAAAUCUUUAUUUAUGUGAGACUGUUUGUGUAAAAUAAAACAUUUAUAUUGUAAA